UCUCAUGGACACACACAGGAUGUGGUUGAUGACUGGGGCUUUGAUGGCAUCCAUGCAGUCCUGCCACUUGACCUCAAACCACUCCCGACAGCGCUCUAUCCCCUGCUCCACUACAUCUGUCGCACAAUGCAGAAAAAUUGGUUCGUGCAAAGUGGCCAAGCCGCGAUGGAGUGUUUGAGGGGGGUCCUCAAGCGGGUUCCCAGAUUCCCAAGGAGACGCCCACGAAGCAAGACCAAACCUCGUCUCAGUGGGCUCGUGCGGAGUUUGGGCGGGUUUUUGUUUGGCCUAUUCCUUGCCUCUGUGUACGGAAUGACUGCACUGUUCGUACAGAACCAAGGCCUGUGGUAUUGCGUGUGUACCACGAUCGCCAUAGCUUUCCUCACAGCAUUUGGCAUGGGCCUCUCCAUCCGUGUGCGAGCGAAUGUUAUGCUAAUGAUGCCAAUGCUGUGUUCAAUGAAGGGCAAGAACUUCCUCCUGUUCCUCAUUUUCUCCAUGUUGGUCCAGGGCCCCAUGACCAACACCCUGGAAAACUUUGACCGUGCAGCGGACAGCGUGGUGUGUGGGGCCGAACUUGCCAUGAACCAGACCCAGCAGCUGAUGGAGCGAGCGGCUACACCUCUUCUCUCUGUGCUGGGCAAGAUAAAAGAGAUCACCAAAAAUGUCCACUCCGUGGCUGGGAGGGUACAGAACUUAAUCCAGGCCCUGACUGAGUCUGUCCGCCAUGUAGCUCGUUCCCUGAGAAACGUGUUACACUUCCUGGUUGGCAUUGGCGAGGUGUGUAAUGACAAACUGGGCACCCCCUAUAAGAAGUGUAACAAGCUGUUUGAUGAUGCCCGUGAUGACUGCAUGGAGCUCCUGUCUGUGUUCAACUUCCUUUGUCACAUUGUGGAUGGGUUCCGCCCCCUCUGUGGUCUCGCUCGAGUUGGUCAGCUGUUUUGCAUCAUCCCUUCUUACAUUGUUGGCCACAUGAAGACAAAGAUUGCUGCCCCAACCAUAGCAGCUUUCGAGAAGAUGAAGAAGGAGUUUGAGUUCAACAUAUCGGCCUCUAUGCACUUUGACAUGAAUGUGAACAGCAGUCAGUCGCUGCAACAGGUGUCACAGGAUAUGAUGGAGGAAGUGUCGGUGGAGCUGGGACGUUUCCAGGAAGUGAUGGGGCUAAUAGCCUACAUAGGCCUCUUCCUUCUGCUGCUAAUGUACCUACAGGCUGUCCUGUACAAACACAAGUACCUGCACCAAGAUGACUUUGACAACACUUACAUCACAGAGCAGUUUGAGGAGCUCGACCAGAGAUUGGCGAGUGAGGGAAAAACCCCUGUCCUACCUCUCAGCCAGAAAGAGGCCCGCACCUACAUCAGACCAUUCUCAGUGUACCUGACAGCCAGGGAGCGGCAGACGGCUGCCCUCAGCGCAGUGUCCAUUCUCAGGCACAUAGCCAUGGGAUGCCUGGUGGUGGCGCUGGACCUGGUGGUCUUCUGGAUGUUUGACCUGGUGCACCACCAAGCCCAGGGGGACAUCGUGGCCAGAGCACCCAUCGUAGUGGCGGUGGAAGUAAAUGGCACAGGCUAUGCCUCGGACAUCUUCAAGGACAUAGUGGCUGCCUUCGCCAUUCUACAGAAGGGCAACAUCACUGUUCUCAGCAAGAAGUGUCUGAUGGAGCCUUCAGAGCCAGACCACUCAGGAUACAUGCUCAUAGGAUUCCUCUAUGGACUCACCUUGUUCAUUGUGUUCGCUGGAAGCUACGUCAAGCGGUUAAGGAGGCUCGUGUGUGCCAGGUACCACCCAAAACGAGAACGGAAGCGGGUGCAUCUCCUCCACAGGAGGAUCCAGAGCCAGCGUAAGUCUCUAGGUAAAGCCCUGCUGAGGUCUGUAGCCAGGAGCAGGGCAGACGGAGAGGGGACCAGAUUCCUCCAGACACUCACAACCUGCCUCCCAGGUGGGUCCUACCUGGCUGAAAUUCUGGGGGUGUCCUCUGUCUCUUGCAUGGCCUGUGGAAGGAGAGGAGAGGGACAGAGCGACCCCAGCAUGGUCACAUGCAUCACCCCUCAGUGUAAAGGGGUAUACUGUAAGCAGUGCUUCCAGAGUAUGGGCCAGGUGUGUGCAGUUUGCAUGGGACCCCUGACCUUUCAGGAGGACUGUGAGGAAGAGCUAGACUCCAGUGAUGAUGAGCAACUGGGCCUGUGGACCGCCGCCCUAACUUCCCCCCACAUCACCCACAGGGGCACCAGGAGACUGAUGAAGAGGAGGAUCUCCAUGGCAACCCGGCGGCGGCCCUCAGAGAGCAGGGUGCAGCGUGGGGCCUACAGCAGUAUAGGGCUGGUGGAAGGAGACAGUGGGGACAGUAGUGGUCAUAUCAGUCCCCCCAGUGACUCUGAACACAGUGAGCCAGAUAUGAUUUACCAAGACUACUCAGAACAGGACCACUCUGAGCCUAGUGACGAUGACUAUAACCACAACCCCAACCCAGCAUUGUCCCUCUCGGCCAUCUAUGUGAGCGGGGGGCUGGAGACCCAAGGGUGCGAGAGUGACACUUCAGAUAGUGACGCCUCGUUUCACUCUGUCACCUCUGGCCGGAUUGACCACUCUCAGUAUGGAUCCCUGAGAACGGUCACAGUCCACAGCCUUGACCACAACUCACAAUAGCAAACUUUCUCAGGGAUGACCACCUUAAUCAACCAGCUCCAUUGACAUUCAGAAGGAACUAAUUGUGCUCAGCUCAGAACACUGCAGUCUGUGACAAAGAGGCUACAGAUGCUAAUAGGGAUGAGCAAAUGACUUUCUAAGUUAUAUACAUUUAAUUUAGUAUUAAAAUACAUGUUUUCCAUGUUAUCAAAGCAUUAGCCCAUUUAUUUUCCAUAUGUACGUGCGAUAAAAAUAGGGGAACUUCAUAGUGAACUAGUAGAUGCAUUUGAAGUGUUCUCCAAAUCUAGAAUGUAAAUGAGCUUGUUUGGUUUUGGUUAAAUUGCCCCCAUUUAUGCUUUAGUGCCAGUGGAAUGCACUGCAUGAAUCACCUGCACUCCAGCGCUUCAUUUAUAAUCAAACUGAUGAUAACCUUAGAUGCUAUAGGGUCAAUGGGUUAUAUAUAUUUUUUUAAGAAUGAAUAGUACAAGCUGAUGUCAUGGAUUGUGGAUGAACCAUGUUAGGACCAUUUUAAGAGAAUAAAUACAUCAUUUAAGAUUUACAUUUUAUAAUGUUAGUCAAAGACUGUUUUGUGAUAUUCAUAUUUGUAUGUCUCUGUGGAAAGUUAUAAAUAUAUGUCUCUGUGGAAAGUUGGAAACAGAUAAAGACACUAUGACUUUGUAAAUGGAGUUGUAAACGCCCACAAAUUUGGAAUU